AUGGCUGCCAACGGCGCCGGCGGCGCGCUGGGUGGCAGUGGCGGGGCUACAGAGGCCAUGGCCAAGAUCCGAGAAGCACUCGACGUCGUCCACAGCCCAUUUUCGAACAACAACGCCAGACGCGAUGCGCAAAACUUUCUCGAAGAAAUCAAGAGCCACGACGAAGCACCGAUGCAAGGCUACAAUCUCGCGAGCGACAGGGCACAGCCGCCUGUUGUACGGCACUACGCCCUGUCGCUCCUGGAGCACGCGAUCCGGUACAAGUGGUCCGGCUAUACCGAGGAACAGGCGUUGACGCUGAGAAACUGGGUGCUGGAGCUCGCACAGGCUGUCUCGCGUGUGGACCCCCCUUAUCUUCGAAAUAAGACGGCCCAGCUCUGGGUCGAGGUGGCGAAGCGCUGCUGGGGAGGUGAGUGGCUCGACAUGGAUGCGAUGCUCGUGCAGCUUUGGGAAGUGCCCGACUCCGCCGUGCACAAGGAGCUUGUCAUGUUCGUCCUCGAGACCCUGUCCGACGAGGUGUUUGCCGGAGACGACUCGGUGGUCGCAAUGCGGGAAGGUGUUCUUAGCAAGGCAUGCGUCGAAGUAUUUACGCCCACCGCCGUGCUGGUGGAAGCGUUCCCGAACAGGCACCCCGGGCCCGAUGUGAGGUCCGGUCAUGAUGGAUGGCUCAGUAGGUUGUCUGUUCUCCUCGGCAGCUGCCUCGCGGCUUCGCCGGCAGACAAUGACGAGGUCAAAUCAUGUACAAUCAAGGGCCUGUCUCUGAUGCUCUCGCUGAUGCCAUGGGCAAUCCCGAAAGCCAUCGCCUCAGCCGGAUGCGUUAAUUACAUGUGUCAGGGUCUUUCUUCCACCGUCCCCGAGAUCCAAAAGGCGUCCCUUGAUGCUCUCCACGCGCUCUACUGCCGAACAAACUUUACGGACGAAGAGUUCGUUGAUCUCGUCGCGCCGAUGUAUAACCAAAAUUCGGUCGAACUGUGCAAGAAUUUAUACCAGUGGGCGGUUGUCGACCCCAACGACAUCGACGACGACAAAUAUCAGAUUCUCAAGAAAUUGUCAGAAAUGCUGUCCAGCCUAGGCGACUAUUUCGACCGCAAGUUCAGCCGCAUGCCAGGUGAUGUUGCCAAGGACAGUUUCCUGCAGCUUCUGCUCCAAGUGGUCCAGAACCCCAGUCUCAUGGUCUCCAUUCCGGUCCUGGUGUCUUGGACGCGUCUUCUGAAUCGGAAAGAUAUUGGGAACAGCGAUGCCAUGUCUCCUCUAAUUGGCCCCUUGCUGGAAGUUUGCAGCUCGAGGAUGGUUCGCUACGAAAACCUCCCCGAAGAUAAUGAAGACGCGACUUUUCUCUUUCUUCAAGAAGAUACCGACACAUUGCCCGAACGACAUGCGUUUUUGGGCAACUAUCGCAGAUAUAGCUCUCAAGUAAUUGAAGCAAUUGUCCAAUUAAAGCUCGUGGACGCCGUGUCCCACAUUCUGGGACGAACUGAGCAUGUUCUCGAGCAUCUAUACGACGGACAGCCUGCCUUCAACAAACAAUCUUACUCAAAACACUCCAUGCCCGCCCUCAUCGUUGACUCACACUUUACAGUCAUUGAGGCCACACUCAAGGGCUACAUGAAGUGGCGAAGACACCAUCAACAAAACUCUAAUGUGUCCGAAAUGAGCGAAUUGGAAACUAAUCUAGAGUCGUGGUGCAACAAACUGCUCGGGAUGAGCUUCGAGGAUCCCAUUAUCAGAAAACGCACUCUACAGCUGCUAGUCGUUUUUUCCACCACCGCGCUGAAUAAGAACGCCGGUUUUAUGCUCAAAGUUCUCGAGCAUAUCUUGAUGACUUGGCCAACACUUGAGCCUGAGUAUCGUGCAUUCAACGAUGCUAUCAAAGACCUGCAAAGCGAGAGCAUGGUUGAACUACAAAGACUUGCUUCCGAAAUGCCAGAUCAUUUGCUGGGAGUCUUUGAUCAAAUUGAGACCCGAGUCAAUGAGAUGCUUUCUUCUGGCACUCUUGACGACAAGCGAUCUCUUGCGUACCGAAGCUUUCUAUUCCUCAUCAUUCAUCGGGCACAGAGAGUCGACCUCCAGGCCAAGAUUCAUAAGCUGAGUGAGUUCAUUGGGCCUGUAUUGGCGCAGUGGCAGACUGAGAGCCUCAAAAAUGCCGUCACAUCUUAUCAUGGGUUUUGUGAGCAGCUCGCUCUCAACAAGGCACAGGAUUACCUAGCUCGCAAACGGGCCGAUAAAAUUCAGGACUGGGGCUCCCAAGGGCUUGAUGCUGAGGGACUAGCCCUACAGAACGAAAUGGAAGAGCGUAUCAAGUUACUCAGCUUUGCACAUGCCACGCAUAAUCCGGAAAACUGGACCGGUCUACCGAACGGUUCUCGCUCCAUGGUCGCUCGCGUUCUUAGCGACAGAUUCUGGCAGGCCGGAAUCUCAGACGGUAGUAAAGACGAUUUUUACGCAAGAGUGAUAGAUAAAAAGAAUACCAUGGAGGGCUUGGCGUCAACAAUCCGCGGAUCCGUCAGAUUUGUCAGAGAGACGGCUUAUGCCAUCAUAUACUGCAUGAGUCGCUUGGAAUUGCAAUUUUAUGGCUUUGAAGGACUGCCCGGGCCAUUGGCAAAUGCACUCUUUGCCGAUUCUACAUGGCUGUCGACUCAUCAACAAAACAACUUGCUGAAUUUGGUUCGAUAUCUGGUUGACGACUGUCCCGUGGAUUACCGGGAGCGUUUUUUGCCGCCUUUGCUAUCCGUGUGUUUUAGACAGAUGGACGCCAAAGUCAAUGGCGAAUGGGAGAAGAUGGACGCGCAGCAGAGUGUUGCGGCUGACGGUGAGGAUGGGCUGAAGGAGGAAAUGAAGGCAGAGAGCAUUCUCCGCCAGGUAACUUAUACUGGUGUUGUAAUGAUGGCAGACUUUUUGGAUCCCACAAAGCAAAAUCCCCCAACACUACAGGCCCGAGCACAGAAGGUCAACGGCGUAGAGAUAGCCCCUCCGACAGAGCACUUUCCCUCUCUGCGCCGAUUCUGCUUGCUACAUCAAGAAAUUGUGGAGCCGCUCCUGGUAUUCUGUGCUCACGGGAUACGUAUGAGGGAUACCAGAUGCUGCGGCAUGGUGCUCCGGCUGCUGAUCUCUCUCGUACCCGAAUUUCAACCAAACACUACAGCUAGCAAGCCCCAACCGGACGGCUCAUUGGCGCCGGCGGACCCUUCAUCCAUUCCCGCCGAGAUUGCGUCUGCGAUCCGAGAGUAUCUAUCAAGCGAUGUGCUGCGGGCUUGCUUGACGUCGUUCCACGAGCCCUACUUCGUCGAGGUGCAAAAGGAGCUCGCAUCGCUCAUCGCCGCGGUGUAUGUGCACUACAGCCCGGUGACGAUGACGCCGCAUAAUCUGCUGACGUCGCUGCCCAACGUCGAGGCGGGCGAGCUGGAGCUGCUCAAGCCGUACAUGGUCAAACCCGGGGCGCACAGCCGGCAGCAGCGCGCCGUCGUUCUGGAGCUGCUCCGGGACCUCAAGGGCGUCAGCGUGUCCGAGAUGGGGAAGCUGGCCAAGAGCGCGGGCCUGCCGAGCACGGCAGCGAGCGGCCGCGUCAAGAGGGCUGGGGGCCGGAGUAAAAUGGCGCAAAGCUUCAUGACGGAGCCGGUGGCGCAGAACAACGGGACGACGAGGAUGGAGCAGGUGGCCGGGGGCAGGCGGGCGACGCCAGACGACGCACUGGACGGCGUGUCCAACCUGUUUGAUGCCUAG